AGGGAGUGAGAGGCGUAGGGCGCAGGCCCGCACCAGGCUUGGAGGACGGGGAAAUGGCGGCGUUGGGGUCGCCGGCGCGCACCUGGCGAGGCCUUCUACGGGAGUUGCGCUACUUGAACGCGGCCACUGGCCGACCCUAUCGCGACACUGCGGCCUAUCGGUACCUCGUGAAGGCUUUCCGAGCACAUCGGGUCACCAGUGAGAAGUUGUGCAGAGCCCAGCAUGAACUUCAUUUCCAGGCUGCCACCUAUCUCUGCCUCCUCCGGAGCAUCCGAGCACACGUGGCCCUUCAUCAGGAAUUUCAUGGCAAGGGUGAGCGCUCAGUGGAGGAGUCGGCUGGCUUAGUGGGUCUCAAGUUGCCCCAGCAGCCUGGAGGGAAGGGCUGGGAGCCAUGAAAAUGGAGAGAUUCCUUGGAUGCUGCCUUCGUACAAGAAUUUAAUUGUUUCUUUUGAUAUGUAUUUAUCAUUAAAUUCUUUUUUAAAGUUUA